AUGAUUAAGACAGUCGCAUGCGCCAAGCUGGCCACGUUUAAUCCCUUCGAGCCAACAACAGCAACUGUCGCGAACUACAAACAGUAUACGAUAUCAUUCCCAGAACCUACAUUCGCGUCUUCAGUCUUCACAAUGAGCGGCCCCGUCCAUAUCGCAUCCGAUGGCGAGUGGGACUCACUGCUCUCCGGCACCAGCGUGGUUGUCGCAGACUUCUACGCCGACUGGUGCGGCCCAUGCAAGAUGAUUGCGCCGCACUUUGAGCGCCUCGCCAAGGAGCACUCCUCGCCGAAAAAGGUCGCCUUUGCAAAGGUCAACGUCGACAACCAAGCCAACAUUGCCCGCACCAACGGCGUCACCGCCAUGCCCACCUUCAAGAUCUUCCACAACGGCACGGCCAUCGAGACCAUCCGAGGCGCCAACCCGUCGGCCCUGACCGAGGCUGUCAACAAGGCCGUCUCGCUCAGCGGCAGCAGUGGCAAGAAGGCCGAGGCGGUCUUCCAGACCCCCGGCAGGACUCUUGGCGGCGGCGCGCCCGUUCAGGGCCAGGGCCGCCCUUGGAACGUGUCUGGGCUGUUGAACAUUGUCCUAAUGCUCGUCGGACUGUACCUGACGUCUUUAUUUUCGGCACGUAACAAGGAGGCUAUUGCUUUUCAGGAAUCUCAAGAUGUAUCAAAGGCCCAAUCCCUAGAGGAUAUUGAAAAGGUUGUCCGAGAAGCAAAGCAGCGCUUUCGAGACACACUUCCAAAAGGCUAUCUCAAUGAAGAAGAGUAUGCUCUUUAUGAACGGCUUUAUGGUCCGCCGCUUCGAGAGACUGCGCCAGAAGAUGUCGGCAUUCCAACUCAUGCGGACAUGGGAGGUCAAAUCCUAAUCCCACGACCAGCUGAUGAGGGGACAUUGCUGCGACAGUCAGAAGAGGGAGGUUUUGAGGAAGUGACUUACAGGAUUCCUCCACGACAGGGUGAUGAGCCAGAGCCAUCGCCUGAGUCUGAACAGCCCUUGGAGUCUGAAUCUGCUGUAGAAACGGUUGAAGAGCCUUCAGAUUAUGUUGAUGCUGUUGCCAGAAAUCCGAGAGAGCGUGAAGCCCUGCAAAGGCUCAUGGAGGAUUUCAAGACGGCGCAGAAGAAGCAGAUGGAGGAUGAAAUUGCAGCUGCGAGAGAAGAGGCCGAGGUCGAGCAGGAGGCAUAUGAAAUGGACGAAGAAGAGUUAUUCCCAGAGUCUAAAGAGAUUCCUGCAGACGCAGAACCGGAGAUGGGUCUUGGCGAGUCACGGCGAUUCCACCCUUAUACGCUGGACGGCAGAUUUCAUGGAAGCCCCGUCGAAAUCUCGCUGCCCCAAAGCACUCUUGUUACGCCCAUACGUGAUCUCUUGGAUCGAACUCAUUUGGGACACGUCAAGACUGCUGCCGAAGCAGCUUUUGGUGGACAAGGCCUGCCGACGUCUCCAUUCACGCCGGAAGGGAGGAAAAACGGGCAAAUGGGCGGAGUUGGUUUGCCUCCCGAUCAGCGACACAUGACAGAGAUUGAGGCAGAUGCAUUUCUAGCAGGAUAUCUACCUCCUUCGUAUGCUUCUGUGGCGUCAGUUUUGCGGGAAGUACGAAAACGACUAGGCAGUGGCUGGAUCAAGCAACGCCUUCAAAAAGACGGCUCUGCAGGAUUGAGCGUUCUGGACGCCGGUGCUGGCGGUGCUGGUUUAGUUGCUUGGGACCAAGUCCUCCAGGCAGAGUGGGAUUUAUUGAGAGAACAGGGCGUGGUGAAGGGCUCACAACCUCCCGGAAGGAAAACCGUCAUCACAGGAUCAGACCGGCUACGGCAUCGAUUGAAGAGUUUCCUGCCCAACACCACGUUCUUGCCCCGAUUGCCAGAUUACGAACACUCGGGAGAAAUGCAAGGUGAGCGUCUGGAUGCUGGUGAUAAGCCUCAGGCACGAAAAAGCUACGAUCUCAUCAUUGCUUCGCAUCUAUUCCUCAAAGAAAAGCAGGACCAUUACCGUCAAGCUGUUUUGAAUAACCUCUGGACUCUACUUAACAAGGACGGCGGUGUGCUUAUUGUGAUUGAAAAAGCACAUCCCCGUGGAUUUGAAGCAGUCGCCCACGUGAGGGAUACGCUUCUGAAACAGUUCAUUUUGCCUCAAAACGGCGAGCAAAGUGCUCCGACUGAGGAAUUGAACCCGGCAUAUCACAAGGAACGAGAGCCCGGCCACAUCAUCGCACCAUGCACAAACCACGGAACGUGUCCCAUGUAUAAAGAAGUUGGGAAAAGCAAGGGCCGUAAAGAUUACUGCUACUUCAACCAACGAUUCACACGGCCUGGGUUUUAUACCAAAAUGCUAGGCAACAGCACAAACAACCAGGGCGACGUGGAGUUUAGCUACGUGGCGAUUCAACGUGGCCGCGCAAAAGCAGACCAGCUCCCAGGAUGGAAAUCCACCGAGCAAGCCUUUGCAGGAUACGAGAACUCCCCCAGCCCACCAGACAUGCAAACCCUCCCCAGGAUGGUCCUCCCGCCGUUGAAGCGCAAAGGCCACGUCACGCUAGACGUAUGCACGUCCGAAGGCAAGAUUGAGCGAUGGACUGUCCCCAAGAGCUACAGCAAGCUCGCAUACCACGACGCGAGAAAGUCGCACUGGGGCGAUCUCUGGGCUCUGGGCGCAAAGACCAGGGUGUCUCGCAGCGUCCGAGUCGGCAGCGGGGUGGACGAUGGAGGCAAACGAGCGGAAGGCGGCAAGAAGCCUCGCAAGGUCGAGAUCACAAUGGAUGGCGGGCGUCUAUCGGCGAAUGAGAAGAGUGCGCGAAAGGAACGCAGGACAAAGGGCAAGCGGGAUCGACAGACUGAUUUGAUCAAGGAGAUUUUGGAGGCUGAGGAUAUUGAGGAGCUAGAGAUGGAGAGGGAGAUGGAUGCGGAGGUGCAGGAGGAGCUUGAAAUGGAGAAUGAGAAGGGUAGGGGGAGGCGAUGA